AUGCGUACUGCCAUCAUCUCGGUUCUCGCGCUUGCCGCGGGCUCAUUCGCACUCGACUGCAACGGCAACUCAGCACUCUGUGAUCGUGCAUACAGCCAUGUCACCUUCGUCGGCUCCCACAAUGCUCCAUUUCAUGUCGACAUACCCGGGUUCCCGAACCAACACACCAACGUGACAGCUCAGUUGAAUCAAGGGGUUCGGUUCUUGCAGGCCGCGACCAAGAACAAGGAUGGUGUCGCCGAGAUGUGUCACACGUCGUGUGAUACCCUGGACGCUGGGACCCUCGAGAAAUACCUAGAAGAGAUAAAGUCUUGGGUGGAUGCGAAUGCUAAUGAGGUCGUCACGCUGCUCCUCACGAAUGGUGACGCUAUCAAUAUCACCAAAUUCGACGACGCUUUUAAGGCGGCCGGAUUGUACCAGUAUGUCUUCACGCCAAAGGCCCAGCUCGGGUUGGACGACUGGCCGACUCUGGGCAAACUCAUUAAUGAUGGCACAAGAGUCAUUGUGUUAAUGGAUUACCACGCAGACACUUCGGAGGUGCCGUACAUUCUUGAUGAGUUCAAUACCUACUACUUCGAGACGCCUUUCGACCCGAUUCAAGACCAAUUAUCGUCAUGUGGUAUUGAUAGGCCUCCAGACGCAUCAGCAGACGGGCGGAUGAUCCUCGCGAAUCAUAACCUCAAUUACAAACUUCCAUUGACUGACGACACUUUAAUUCCCGAGAAACUCAGUGCGAUCGACACCAACUCUGUCAAAUCGAUCAUGGCACAAGUCGAUACCUGCGUGGGCAGCUAUAAACGAUAUCCCAACGUCGUACUGCUUGACUGGAUUAGUGUGGGCGACGCGAUGAAAGCUCAGAACCAGCUUAACGGGAUAUAG